AUGGAUGAUUCAUAUUACUUUAUGUACAAUGAAGAAGAAACAGAGAAAGUAAAAGAAAUAAAAUUAGAGCUACAUAAAGCUUUAAAAAAAAAUAGAGAAAGAGUAAAACAAGUAAAUAAGCCUAUGGAAGCAUCAAAUGUAAUUUCAUUAAUAGAUGAAAAGAGUAAAUUAAAAGAUAAAAAUGACAAAAAUUCUUUAUAUUAUAGCAAAAGCAAUUAUGAUAAAAACUCACUUAACAAAAAUAAAGAUGAAUUACCUAUAUAUUCUGAUAAUAGAGACAGUAAAAAAAUAUAUUCAAAAGAGGGUGAAAAACAUUAUGAAGAUAUCUACUUUAAUGAAAGGAAGAAACAAAAAUUAAAAGAUAAGGAUAGAAAAAAUGAUAAAAACAUAAAAGUCUACAUGAAGCAAAACAAUAAUGAUAAUAAAAAUGAAAAUAAGCAUAUAGUAGAAAAGAAAAAAAGAAAAAUAAGUAGUGACAAUACACCCAACAGUAAAUUAAAAACUUUACCUUAUUCUAAUAAGGAAAAAAAAAAAAUAAAAACUCCUUCAUAUGAAGUAAUAAAUGAAAAAUCUGUUAUUUCUAUAAAUUCAAAAGAAAGUAUAUCUCACUUAAGUAUUUCAUCAAAAUCGUCAUCAUCUACUAAUUCAUCUUCGACUAAUUAUUUAUCAUACGAUAAGAAAAAAGAAAAUUCUUCUAAUAAAAAUUUGAUAUCAGGUAAUACUACAUCUAUAAAAAAAGACAGUAUCUAUUCCAAAAAUAAAAAUAUAUCUACAGAAAAAUAUAUAAGAAAAGAGAAAAACAAUAUAAAAGAAAUAAAUUCAACAAAAAGCAGAAUCUUUAAAGAUCUUAAUGAUUUUAAAAUAAAUUAUCAGAAUCUUACAAAUGAAGAAAAAGAAUAUUAUAAUUAUAUGAUGAAAAAAUUAAAUAUAAAAUAUGAUUCAAAAAAACACAUUUUUUAUAGUGAUGGAAUUUUUAUUGAAAAUUUUGCCAAAAUGACUGAAAAAGAAAAUGGAAAAUUCAAUUAUAUAGGUUACUUAGAAUAUGCAUCUUUUUAUAUUUUAGAAUGGUUAACUCCUACGAAAGAGGAAAAGUUAUUGAAACUAAAGUCUUUAUUGAAGUUAGAACUAAUUGUAAAAUCUAUUUUCCCUAAAUCAAAAAUGGAGGUGUUUGGUUCAUUUGUUACAGGUUUGUCUAUUCCUGGUAGCGAUGUAGAUGUAUGCUUUAUGAAUGUAGAUGGAGAGGAUAUUAAUUGUCUAUAUAUAAUUGCAUAUGCAUUAAUAAAAUUAAAUAUUUAUAGUGAUAUAAAAAUUGUUAAGGAUGCUAAGGUGAAAAUAUUAAAAUAUACUGAUAGAGAAAGUGGAGUUCAAAUUGAUAUAUGUAUAAACCAAAAAUCGUCAAGAGAAACUACCGAAUUUAUAUUAAAACAAAUUAAAGAAUAUAUUUACCUAAGACCAUUAGUAUUACUUUUAAAGUUUUUUCUAAAUUCUAGAAAUUUAAAUGAAACAUACACAGGAGGUAUAGGGUCUUUUCUUUUAUGUUGUAUGGUAUUACAUUUUUUGCAGUUGCAUCCAUCCACUUUUGAUAAUUAUACCUACAAUAAUACUUAUUUAGUAAAAUUACUAAUUGAAUUUUUUAAUUUCUAUAGUAUCGAUUACAACUUAAAUGAUAACUGUUCUAUUAUGAGGGGAUUAGGACAUAUUAUGCCAAGAAUGCUAAGAAAAGAAUUUGAAGGAUGUGAUCGCAUUUGUUUUGAAAACCCAAUAGAUACCUCUCUCGAUAUUGGAAGAAAUGCAUAUAAAAUAAAAUAUAUUUUAUAUCUGUUUAGUUACACUUUUUGUAGUUUAUUAUCCCUUGUAUCUAAAUUGAAAAGAGAAAAAAGUUUAUUUAUAAAAAAUAAGGAGAACGAACAUAUAAAUAAUAACAGUAGUGAUAACAACAAUUUUGUUGAAGGAAGUAAAAUAAAUACCAAUUCUUUAUAUCCAUUAUUCUUUGGCCACCUUAUUAAUCCUGAUAAUAUUGUGUUUACUAAAAGAAUAAAGGAAAAUUUUCCUAGUGAAGAUUGGAACAUUAGCCAUUUUGAUUUCACUUAUUCAAAACAAGAAAAGAACAAUUUAUUUGAAAUGCUUUGUGAUGAUAUUUCAAAGAUUUUAGAUCCCAGUUGUAAAAUUGAUCAUAUUAGUUUGUUUUCCGACAUUUCAAAAAUAUUUUCUUUUUCUAUAAAUGUUUAUAAUAAUAUUUUUAAAUACUCAUAA